AUGUUUUGUUAUAAAGAAGUCCUUGGUCCACCAGAUGAGCUGAGACUUCCGCCAAUUCAUUCUUUACAUUCUCUUCUUACUUUUUUUUCAACUGCAAAGCCACCGUCCAUGGCCCAUGAACUUGGAUUCCGACCGUCGGAGCUUUCUUUCUUUCCCCGGAAGUGUAUUUCUUCGAUCGAUCUCCGCGAAAAUGUCCGAUUACCCUUCACCCCUCAAAGGAAAACGAUCCCGGAGCCGCCGUUGAGGUGGGGUUCCGGUGGUUGCGUUGUUGUUGCAGCGAAGAAGUCGCCGAUCGAUGGUAUUUCGCCAGAGCUUAACAAAAUCGCUUCCCAGAAACUGGACUCCGCUCCUGCCCGCCGACGGGUCCGAUCGGCUUUCAUGGAGCUUCAACAGCAGCUGGAUCACUGCUUAUUCAAGAUGGCUCCUGCUGGAAUCAAGACCCAGGAGUGGUAUGAGUGUAAUUCAAGGGGCUUAAAUAUUUUCUGCAAAAGAUGGUUUCCUGAGCCUGAUGUUCAUAUUAAAGGCGCUGUCUGUUUCUGCCAUGGCUAUGGUGAUACCUGCACUUUCUUCUUUGAUGGAAUUGCUAGACACAUUGCUGCAUCAGGGUAUGCCGUUUACGCUAUGGACUAUCCUGGUUUUGGACUUUCGGAAGGAUUGCACGGUUACAUUCCUAACUUUGAUCAACUAGUUGAUGAUGUUAUAGAACAGUACAAGAAGUUUAAAGGGAGACCAGAAUUGAAAGGAUUGCCUCAUUUCAUAUUAGGUCAGUCCAUGGGGGGAGCUGUUACUUUGAAAAUUCACUUGAAGGAACCAAAGCUAUGGGAUGGAGUGGUUCUUGUGGCUCCCAUGUGUAAAAUUGCAGACGAUGUGAAACUGCCAGAACCCGUGCUUAAGGUCUUAAAUCUAAUGUCUAAUGUGGUGCCAAAAGCCAAGCUUCUCCCGAAGAUCGAUCUUGGUGAACUAGCUCUCAGAGAAAUGAAGAAAAGGAAACUGGCAGUCUACAAUGUUAUAUCGUAUGACGACAGGAUGAGAGUAAAAACUGCCAUAGAGCUUUUAAAGGCAACGGAUGAUAUCGAGAAGCAAGUUGAGAAAGUUUCAUCGCCGUUACUGGUUCUUCAUGGAGCUGCCGACAAGGUGACAGAUCCUAAGAUUAGUCGUUUUCUAUAUGAGAAAGCAUCAAGCAAAGACAAAACUCUGAAACUCUAUGAGCAAGGCUUUCAUUGCAUCCUAGAAGGAGAACCAGAUGAAAGAAUUUUCACUGUUCUUAAUGAUAUCAUCCAUUGGCUAGAUUCCCGAUGCUCCUCAACGUAGUUCUCGACUAGUUGCACAGUGAUAUCCAUCUAUUGUUAAUUAAUAAGAAUGAGUUAGAUGUUUCAGAAUUCGAAUCUCCUAUUUUAGUCGCUAAGUUUAGUACUUUUUGGUGUAGAAAUUUCAUAUUGAUUGUAAUGUUGAUUAAAAGUUAUAGGGUAACAUAUCAAACUCAUCAUACUGAGUUUAAUUUAAUAAUAGCUGGCAUGCAACAUGUACUUCCAUCAUUAAAGUUGGAAGUUUAAUAUUUUGUUGUAUGUCCAAGAAAAAAUAAUCAAAUUCCACGUGUCGAAGUAUGUAAUGUCGAUUUCUAUAAAAUAUGAACAAAAAGACUAUUAAAAUAGAUUGAAAUAUGUUGAGACUC